AUGAAUAUGUUGGAUGAUGAAGAUGACCACAGCUUUCACGCUACGCGUGACGGCUACUCUUAUUCGAGCGAUGUCGAAUGGGAUGCGGUUGAACGAAUGGGUUCAACCAUGGGAAUCCAUGCUGUUAGCGUCAUGCUAGAGGCUCUCAAUAGAGAUGCCCAACAUGCUACUAUCGCCAAGUUCAUUCAAAAUGAACUUGACGCAGAACGCGAGAAAGUAGCCUUGCUUCACCAACAAGGUUCUCAACAAGCAGAGUUGUUGAGAGAACAGGGUGCUCAACAGUUUGAACUGUUGAGACAGCAGCAGGCUGCUGCUGGCGGGUCGAUGCACUCGCGUCGACCCGAAACCUUGAAGAUUGACAUCUCCAAACGACGCCACAAGGCGCGUCGCAUCGACGACGGGGAUACGCAAGUUGCAUUUGCCCAGUCAAAUCUGGCAGGACGUGCCAAUACUUGGGCUUUGAGGCUCAAGUUGCACGACCCAUAUGCGUUUAGGUCGUUGGAAGUCUUCAAGUCGCGGCUCAGACAAACGUUUGAACCGCCUAGAGCUGAGUUCAGAGCUCGAACCGAACUCUUGAAGCUCAAGCAGGGUAAGCGUGAUGUGCACGCUUACGCGCAACAUAUACGACACCUUACGAGCUGUAUAAGUUCCAAUCCGGUGGAUGAACACACGUUGGUUUCGGUGUUCAUGCAGGGUCUUGCGGAUGGUCCCGUCAAGACUCACCUGUUCCGGCUUGAACUAGAUUCACUAGAACAAGCCAUUUCCAUUGCGGAGCAGGAAGACUUCAGUCUGAGACAGGCUCGCGCCAGCUCGACAUCAUAUCGUCAACCGAGACGAUAUGACAACGGAGGUCCAGAGCCGAUGGAACUCUGUUAUGUAGAGAGCGAGAAGGCUCGCUCUACAGGCUACAAGAAGUUGCAGAGAUGCAACAGAUGUCAAAAGACAGGACACUACGCUUACGAGUGUAGUGCCCCUCGUCCAGUGUCUCGCGACACUGGGCGUAGUGACCGUCCACCCAUGAGAAAGGGGCAGGGACGAGGGUCCGCUGUUGGCGCAAAGACGCAACAAUGGGAUGGACCGUCAAAAAACGGACAGGAUCAGUAG